UCAGGGAAGAUAUCGGUCCCUGGUUGGGUUCCCUUGGUGCUUUUUGCGGCAAAUGGGGGAACGACGACUUCGUGCGUGGUGAAUGGUGCUUCGUCCUUCCCAGCCAAGAGUGCCAGCCCAAUGCGCGGAGUCAGUACGUCUCGACACGUGGCUAUCCGAUGAUCAGAUCGACUGCACCAUGCUCCAGCGAGGUGGACUCGAGGUCUGCACUUUUGCUUCUUGGUCAUGAAGAGAUGAUGAACCCCUUGAAGUUCUCUGCUCUCCUGGGGGCAGCUCUGUUGCUACUUGCAGGUACUGGCUACAUGCUGAGUCUCUAUCCCAGUCACGAAACGAAGUACGAGGCCCUGCGAAGCCAGCCACCUCGACGACAGCAACGAGAGUCACCCAUACAUGCACAGGCGGACAUGAUGUAUUCGCCUGAAGUCGUUGAGCAGCAGAAAUCCAGCUACAACAUGCAGAGAUUUCAAGAAGCUCAAGCAAAGGCAGUCAACAAGCUAUCGCGAAGCACGCCAGAGAGUUUGCGCAACCAGAUCUACGCCUACUACAAGCAGGCUACAGAAGGUGAUGUCCAAGGCGACGGCGACAGGCCUGCCUACUUCAGCCAAAAAGAGCGUGCAAAGUACGACGCUUGGGUCAAAUGUAGGGGCAUGUCCUUUGACGCUGCCGUGGACAAGUACUGCCAAGUGGUGGAUCAAAUCUGAUCCCUGCGUUUCAUGUCUUAGUUUGUGGGUAGAAGUUGCAAGAAAGUACCUGAAAUAGAAGUAUCUCUAUACGGAUUUCAAAGACUAUAACUAUCGUCUUUUCAAGAUGUUUCACCAUAAGAAUACCUAAGUGCCCAUGAGGGUCAGGCUGUGGUUUAACUACAACCGCAUGCUUGUCUUUGCGGGCCAGUCCGGCAGAUGCUAAAAUUCAAUGAACAUAAUGAACUCGACACGUGUCUGGGCCAGCACCCCUCCGGGAUGUUUCUUGAAUGGAUACUGGCACUGGAGAGAACUUUUCAGCUGUGCUUCAGUCUUUUGGAGCUGGACUGGCAUCGGUUGCGCGAAUGCUGAAUUUCAAAA